CCAUGAAUUCCCCAAUGACAUCUUCACAAACGAGAACAGGAGGCAUGGAGCUGUGGUCCUGCACGUCCUUUGUGUGUCUUGUGGGCUCCCUUCAGGUACUGGAAGACCACUGUAAAGUGCCCCAGAGCCAGCUGAACAGCCCCAGCUCGCCCAGCCUGACCCCACAGGGCACAUUCUUCAGCCUUCUGAUCACCUUUGUGGCCUCUGGGCCUGCCCCAGCAGCUCCAUGUCCUGCUUGUGCUGAGGGCCCCAGCACUGGAUGCAGCAGCGCAGGCCGUCUACAUGUUCUACGCCUUGGCCAUUGUCUGCGAUGACUUCUUUGUCCCUUCGCUGGAGAAGAUUUGUGAGCGCUUGCAUCUUAGCGAAGAUGUGGCUGGGGCAACUUUCAUGGCAGCAGGAAGCUCUGCUCCUGAGUUGUUUACAUCUGUCAUAGGCGUUUUUAUCACAAAAGGAGACGUAGGCGUCGGAACCAUCGUGGGCUCGGCUGUGUUUAACAUCCUCUGCAUUAUUGGUGUGUGUGGGCUCUUCGCAGGACAGGUGGUUGCACUGUCAUCGUGGAGUCUCUUGAGGGAUUCAAUCUACUACACACUGUCAGUUGUUGCACUCAUCGUGUUUAUUUAUGAUGAAAAAGUUUCCUGGUGGGAGUCCUUAGUCUUGGUGCUGAUGUAUAUCAUCUACAUCAUCAUCAUGAAGUACAACUCUACCAUCCAUCACUUGUUUGAGAGGAAGACGAAAGGCUCUGCCAGCAUGGUGAAUGGUUUAGCGAACACCACGGAGAUGGAUGACAGCAGCAACUGUGACGCCACGGUGGUGUUGCUAAAGAGAGGUAACGGUUCCAGAAAUUUCCACCGUAAAGCCUCAGUGAUUAUGGUGGAUGAGCUGCUGUCUGCCUACCCACACCAGCUUUCCUUUUCUGAGGCUGGGCUCCGCAUCAUGAUUACCAGCCACUUCCCUCCCAAAACACGGCUCUCCAUGGCCAGCCGCAUGCUCAUCAAUGAGAGACAAAGGCUGAUCAACAGCAGGACUUACACCAACGGCGAGUCGGAAGUAGCCAUCAAAAUACCUGUCAAGCAGGUGGUGGAGAACGGAACGGGCCCCAGCAGUGCUGCCGAGCGGGGCGUGAACGGCACGCGGCGGGACGAGGACGUAGCCGAGGCUGGGAACGAGACAGAGAACGAGAAUGAGGACAACGAGAACAACGAAAAUGAUGAGGAAGAGGAUGACGAUGAGGAGGACCAUGGGGGGCCGUACACGCCUUUUGACCUGCCCACUGGCAAGAUAGAAAUCUUAAAGUGGCUCUUCACAUGGCCACUGAGUUUUGUCCUGUACUUCACAGUGCCCAACUGUAACAAACCCCACUUGGAAAAAUGGUUCAUGGUUACCUUUGCUUCCUCUACCCUCUGGAUUGCUGCUUUCUCCUACAUGAUGGUGUGGAUGGUGACAAUCAUUGGUUACACACUGGGAAUUCCAGACGUGAUCAUGGGCAUCACCUUCCUGGCAGCUGGGACCAGCGUGCCGGACUGCAUGGCAAGCCUGAUCGUAGCAAGGCAAGGUAUGGGGGAUAUGGCUGUGUCCAACUCCAUUGGAAGCAAUGUGUUUGAUAUUUUGAUUGGCCUGGGCCUCCCGUGGGCUUUGCAGACCCUAGCAGUGAAUUAUGGAUCAUAUAUUCGGUUGAACAGCAGAGGACUUAUCUAUUCUGUUGGUCUCCUGCUGGCAUCUGUUUUUGUCACAGUGUUUGGCGUCCACGUGAACAAAUGGAGGCUGGAUAAGAAGCUAGGGUGUGUGUGCCUGUCCCUUUACGGCAUCUUCCUGUGUUUCUCCAUCAUGACAGAAUUCAAUGUCUUCACCUUUGUGAACUUACCCAUGUGCAGAGAGCACUAAUGCAGGUGGGGACUGUCGGGAGGAACUUCCAUUUUACCUGUGCAAUACAAACCAGGGCUGGCGUCUCCGGAACGCGGCGCACCUCCGAGUCGUGAUGUGUAUCCUGCUCGCUGUUCGUAGGACCCCGCGGCCCCAUCUGGGCCUGCCCUCUCCCAGACCCCCCCGCACAGCCGGGAGAAGAUGAUUUCUGUUGUUGUUUUUCCCCAGCAUCCAUGUGAUAGCCUAGCUCAGCUUUUCAACAGUGUGACUGGGACUCUAGAUGAACUGGCUGCUAACUGGCAUCGAGCCAGGCAAAACUGGUCUGCUACAAUUCCUUUUUUGGUUCUUUAAGUUAUUUGAUGGAAGACUAAACUAAUUUAUGACUUGAGACUGUCGCUACAACGCAGAAGAGGAUACACCACACAGGAGCAGAUUUCCAAGGAGAAUAAUUUUUGGUUGGGUUUUGAUGUUUGGGUUUUUUGGGUUUUUUGCGUGCAGUACUUUUUUAUAGUUCUGGGAGUUUGUUUUAAGAUUUUCUGUUGUUGUUGUUUUUAAUUGCUAGAGAUCAUCUGUUUUUAUUACAGCUUCUCCUCCUGAGCACUGGGGCUCCUGUAACGAUCCAGACAUCACAGGGCAGUGUAGCAUGGGAACACAGUUCAAGGUACUUGUUGAAGGGUUUGCCAUGUGUUAAAAGAAGGUUGUCGAGGCAAGAGACGAUGAUUUUUACCGCAACUGAUGAGUCUUGUACAGGAAUGAAAGGCAAAGGUCAAACACUGCCACCACUUUACUACUAACGUUGGAGUUCUGGCACUAGGGUGUUUAAGGUAUUUCCAAGCAAUAGUUUGAUUACCAGCCCAGGAGGGCUGCCAAGGAGGUGUCCUGAUGUUUUGCUGUUUGGUUGCUUGUUUUUGGGUUUCUUUAAAUUGUUCUGCACAUGCAAAUGGAAGGUCAGAACUUUGCUUCAUCAAACUUCUUGUUUUGGGGGGAUUCAGUUGUUUGCCUUCUUUGUUCUGAGAAGGGCGUAAAUGCGCGCCGGAACUUUUCUGAGUGAGUUACAGACACUGGUUUCUUGAAAAGGAAAGAGGCAUAUUUUGCACAGACACAGUUACUGAAGUCGUUAUUUGCCAUUCUUUAAAGCAUACACUGGACCUUGCCAGACAUUUGUCUUCUUCAGCAGUCAAACCUCUCUGAUGGACAGAUGAUGCGGAUACAUCACCCCUCCUUUGGAAGGGAGGGAGACACAAAAGAGAGAUGGCACUUUGUAAGAUGUGGAGUAUCUUCAAAUGCAGACUGACUUACAAACCUUAAGUUAUUGUGAAAGUUUAGCUCUCCACGGUUCCAAUAUCAUUCUGUAUUAAUAUGCAGAACACAUCAUCACAGCUUCAUCUGUAUGUAUUGAUACUGUGGAUUCAUGCCAGUGCUGGCUCUUGUAUUUCCUUUAAGCACUGAUCACUUCUGAUUCAUUUUUGGUAUGGUUUUUCCCUCUUUCUUGUAUAUGUUCUACUAUGAAAUGUAUUAAGAUACUACCAGCUAGGUGAAUGUUUUUGUCUAUGGUACAAACAGUGGCAAAUUGGUAGUAAAGGCACAGCAAACCCUAUGUGAAAGAAAGAAAGAAAAAGAAAUCCCCAAAUCAUCAAACCCUAAACUGUAGCAGGAGAAAAAACUGCAAACCUCCAACUAAAAAAAAAGAGAGCCCCAUAGAUGGACAGCAAGCCAAGGUUUAAUUCCUGUGCACUUUUGGAAGUGGUCUGUCUCCAGUUUAAUUUUCCUUGGGCAAGACCUUGCAAAUGCAGAUAUUUCCAGCCCAUGGGUUUGGGUCAGCUCAGCACCUGAUCUUCUCUCUGUGGCACUGACUGGGUGAAGGCGCCAGAAGCCGUCGUGCCACGCGUGCCGAGGAAGUCCAGCAGAGCCAAGCUGCCUGCCGCUGUCCCCAGCGAACAAAGUGUGCUCCUGGAUCUCUGGCAAGGAGGAGAAGCAAGGCUCCAGGAACAGGCAGCGAUGCCGUGUCUGCAUCAUCAUUUGUCCCUCUGGAAAACACUUGUGUUUCCACUUGUCGAGCUAUGCAGCCUGUUGUCUGAGCAGCCUCCUCGUGACUAUACCCGCUGGAUGUUCUCUUGUCUUAGGAUGCCCAAUGUACCUUCCUGUUGUGUUUGUUGUUUGCUUGAGUUCUGUUGGUUUGGUUUUUUGUUUGUUUUUUUUUUUUCUUUCCUUUUAUUAAUGAGAUUAAUAAUAAUAACAACCACUAAAAUGCUUCCUUAAGGCAAACAACAUUAGCAACAAUCUGGCACGUGUCACCAAAAUCCACCCUGUGAACACAGCUGGGCUCUUGCAGCGAGACGCAGUUGCUCCUAAGCAGAGUGUUUCCCUGUGUGACAGAAGGGACAGAUUUGGGCAAGAAUUAUUUAAAAUUAAAAAAGAAAGAGAGAGGAAAAGAAAGGAAAAGUUUCCCAUCAGAGCCUACUGUAGCUUCUAUUUUGAAUAUUUAUACUGCUGCUCCAAUGGAGCCAGUCGGAUCUAUUUCUGCGAAAUAGCCCUUACCUAUCCCGGGGCACAAACCCUGCACCGUGUUUUGUAAGAACUUCUCCUGUCAGUGUGCAUUAAAUACUGUAGUGUACUGUA